AGUAGUAUGGAGGUUUCUUUUGCAGCGGCUUGCAAGCAAGCCCACCAUGCCUUGCUGAACUUCCAGUCCGGCCCAGGAAUCAUCAACAUGGAACCCUUUAACCCCAUUCGCCGGAAAGAGAAGGAGAAAGUGGUGUUCGUGAUGGGUGCCACAGGGACUGGCAAAUCCAGGCUUUCCAUCGAUCUCGCUAAUCGUUUUCCAUCAGAGAUUGUCAAUUCCGACAAAAUGCAAGUCUACAAGGGUCUCGACAUCGUCACAAAUAAGGUCACCGAAGAGGAGCAACGGGGAAUCCGACACCAUCUAUUAGGGGAAAUAGAACCCGACAAGGACUUCGCCGUCGAGGAUUUCCGCCGCCACGCUUCCCUAGCGGUGGAAUCGAUUGUGGAUCGGAAUCUUCUCCCAAUCAUCGUUGGGGGUUCCAAUUCAUUCAUAGAAGCACUGGUGGACGAUGAGGAUUUCCAGUUCAGGUCCAAGUACGAAUGUUGUUUCCUUUGGGUAGACGUUUCCCUUCCCGUCCUCCACUCAUUUGUAUCCGACCGGGUCAACCGAAUGGUCGAUGCCGGGUUGGUCGAAGAAGUGCGGGGGAUAUUUAAACCGGAUGCCGAUUACAGUCGUGGGAUCCGGAAAGCCAUUGGCGUACCGGAGAUGGACCAGCUUCUACGAGCCGAGUUGGCCGGAGUUAACGACACAGAAACCCGAUUGAGGCUCCUCGGGGCGGCAAUAGAGAAGAUCAAAGCCAACACUUGUGUGUUAGCGUGGCGCCAGCUGUCAAAGAUCCAUCGAUUGCAAAACUUGUUGGGAUGGUACAUACACCGCCUAGAUGCAACGGAGGUGUUCUCGAAGUUGAAGACGAGCGGGAGAGAGGCUGACGUGGCAUGGGAAAGGCAUGUUGUGGGGCCAAGCGCUGCCAUCGUACGGAGUUUCCUGCGGAGUGAAGAUGCCAAUCGUGCCAUUGCCAUGAAUCCAUCCCCCGCCAUCUCGGCCAAGGUCGCAAGGACCGCCGUUGCGGCAGCCACUCGCUAG